UGCAAAUAAAGUGAGAUGGGAUUGUGGUCGGCGUAUAAAAUGCCGAACAUUUAUAAAAUCAGCGGGAUGAGCCGGAUACUUAUGCUCAUUGCUUACUGUGCGCUUAGUACUGCUCAAAUGCUUUAUGUGGGCGACUUUUGUGAUUUUGCUGGUUACGAUGGCACAUGCCUGGAAGCUAGCAAGUGUACUGAUUUGGAGUUCAUUAUGGAUUCAAUGGGUUUGGAAAGCUACAACGUGGGCCGCUGUGACUUUACGAUUACAGAGGAGAUAAUAUGUUGCCCAAAAUGGCCAACACCAGUACAAACCCCACCAGAACUUCCCAACGCAUAUAUCGAUCUAUCCCAACGGCCUAAGCCACAACCAGACACUGUGUUUAAUCCCAAUUCUAUUGCCAUCACUACAAAUACACCAAUGAUUUUGAAUCAAAAUAGCAACAAUAAUCAAGCUGGAAAUGUACUUAAUGUAGGUGAAGUGAAUGGAAACUCUGCUCCACUUGGAAAUGCCAACAAUAACGGUUUCUCCAAUACACAUCCAGUGUCGAAUGUGAAUGGCAAUCCUGUUAACAAUAAAAAUGAAAGACUUGAUGCUAUUUUUAGUGGCAACCCUAGACAACAAGGACAUGGACUUAAUGUAGGGGAAGUGAAUGGAAACGGUUUCUCCAAUACACAUCCAGUGUCGAAUGUGAAUGGCAAUCCUGUUAGCAAUGAAAAUGAAAGACUUGAUGCUAUAUUUAGUGGCAACCCUAGACAACAAGGACAUGGAUUUAAUGUAGGGGAAGUGAAUGGAAACGGUUUCUCCAAUACAAAUCCAGUGUCGAAUGUGAAUGGAAAUCCUGUUAACAAUGAAAAUGAAAGACUUGAUGCUAUAUUUAGUGGCAACCCUAGACAACAAGGACAUGGAUUUAAUGUAGGGGAAGUGAAUGGAAACGGUUUCUCCAAUACACAUCCAGCGUCGAAUGUGAAUGGCAAUCCUGUUAGCAAUGAAAAUGAAAGACUUGAUGCUAUAUUUAGUGGCAACCCUAGACAACAAGGACAUGGAUUUAAUGUAGGGGAAGUGAAUGGAAACGGUUUCUCCAAUACAAAUCCAGUGUCGAAUGUGAAUGGAAAUCCUGUUAACAAUGAAAAUGAAAGACUUGAUGCUAUAUUUAGUGGCAACCCUAGACAACAAGGACAUGGAAUUAAUGUAGGGGAAGUGAAUGGAAACGGUUUCUUCAAUACAAAUCCAGUGUCGAAUGUGAAUGGAAAUCCUGCUAACAAUGAAAACGAAAGGCUUGAUGAUAUUUUUAGUGGCAACCCUAGACAACCUGGAAAUGGUCUUAAUGUAGGCAAAGUGAAUGGAAACUCUGCUCCACUUGGAAAUGGCAACAAUAACGGUUUCUCCAAUACAAAUCCAGUGUCGAAUGUGAAUGGAAAUCCUGUUAACAAUGAAAAUGAAAGACUUGAUGCUAUAUUUAGUGGCAACCCUAGACAACCUGGAAAUGGUCUUAAUGUAGGCAAAGUGAAUGGAAACUCUGCUCCACUUGGAAAUGGCAACAACAACGGUUUCUCCAAUACAAAUCCAGUGUCGAAUGUGAAUGGAAAUCCUGUUAACAAUGAAAAUGAAAGACUUGAUGCUAUAUUUAGUGGCAACCCUAGACAACAAGGACAUGGAAUUAAUGUAGGGGAAGUGAAUGUAAACGGUUUCUCCAAUACAAAUCCAGUGUCGAAUGUGAAUGGAAAUCCUGUUAACAAUGAAAAUGAAAGACUUGAUGCUAUAUUUAGUGGCAACCCUAGACAACCUGGAAAUGGUCUUAAUGUAGGCAAAGUGAAUGGAAACUCUGCUCCACUUGGAAAUGGCAACAAUAACGGUUUCUCCAAUACAAAUCCAGUGUCGAAUGUGAAUGGAAAUCCUGUUAACAAUGAAAAUGAAAGACUUGAUGCUAUAUUUAGUGGCAACCCUAGACAACCUGGAAAUGGUCUUAAUGUAGGCAAAGUGAAUGGAAACUCUGCUCCACUUGGAAAUGGCAAUAAUAAAGGUUUCUUCAAUACACAUCCAGCGUCGAAUGUGAAUGGCAAUCCUGUUAACAAUGAAAAUGAAAGACUUGAUGCUAUAUUUAGUGGCAACCCUAGACAACCUGGAAAUGGUCUUAAUAUAGGCAAAGUGAAUGGAAACUCUGCUCCAUUUGGAAAUGGCAACAAUAACGGUUUCUCCAAUACCCAUCCACUGUCGAAUGUGAAUAGCAAUCCUGUUAACAAUGAAAAUGAAAGACUUGAUGGUAUUUUUAGUGGCAACCCUAGACAACCUGGGAAUGGACUUAAUAUAGGGGAAGUGAAUGGAAACUCUGCUCCAUUUGGAAAUGGCAACAAUAACGGUUUCUCCAAUACAAAUCCAGUGCCGAAUGUGAAUGGCAAUCCUGUUAACAAUGAAAACGAAAGACUUGAUGCUAUAUUUAGUGGCAACCCCAGACAACCUGGAAAUGGUCUUAAUGUAGGGGAAGUGAAUGGAAACUCUGCUCCAUUUGGAAAUAGCAACAAUAACGGUUUCUCCAAUACAAAUCCAGUGUCGAAUGUGAAUGGCAAUCCUGUUAACAAUGAAAAUGAAAGACUUGAUGAUAUUUUUAGUGGCAACCCUAGACAACCUGGAAAUGGACUUAGUGAAGGGAUAUGGAAUGGACACUCUGCUCCAUUGGGAAAUGCCAACAAUAACGGUUUCUCCAAUACACAUCCAGUGUCGAAUGUGAAUGGCAAUCCUGUUAACAAUGAAAAUGAUAGACUUGAUGCUAUUUUUAGUGGCAACCCUAGACAACCUGGUCUUAAUGUAGGCAAAGUGAAUGGAAACUCUACUCCACUUGGAAAUGGCAACAACAACGGUUUCUCUAAUACAAAUCCAGUGUCGAAUGUGAAUGGCAAUCCUGCUAACAAUGAAAACGAAAGGCUUGAUGAUAUUUUUAGUGGCAACCCUAGACAACCUGGAAAUGGACUUAGUGAAGGGAUAUGGAAUGGACACUCUGCUCCACUUGGAAAUGCCAACAAUAACGGUUUCUCCAAUACACAUCCAGUGCCGAAUGUGUAUGGCAAUCCUGUUAACAAUGAAAACGAAAGACUUGAUGCUAUAUUUAGUGGCAACCCCAGACAACCUGGAAAUGGUCUUAAUGUAGGGGAAGUGAAUGGAAACUCUGCUCCAUUUGGAAAUAGCAACAAUAACGGUUUCUCCAAUACAAAUCCAGUGUCGAAUGUGAAUGGCAAUCCUGUUAACAAUGAAAAUGAAAGACUUGAUGAUAUUUUUAGCGGCAACCCUAAACAACCUGGAAAUGGACUUAGUGAAGGGAUAUGGAAUGGACACUCUGCUCCACUUGGAAAUGGUAACAAUAACGGUUUCUCCAAUACAAAUCCAGUGCCGAAUGUGAAUGACAAACCUGUUAACAAUGAACUACUAAAUGCCAUAUUCGGUGAUAACGCUGCACAGUUUGACAAUGGUUACAAUAAAGCUGAAAGGCUGGGACAGCCUAUUUCGGUCGUAAAUGCAAACAGGAUCUUCAAUGCAUCUCCAACGGCUAAUGCAGCAAUACUUAACGAAAAUAUUAGAGAUGGAGAUGCAUUCUUAAAUGCCAUACUCAAUGGUAAUCUAAAUAAAUUUCUUAGCCCAACAGCGGGUGCAAAAGAAAAUGCAGGAAUAAAUGGACAAAUUCCGCGACACUCUAUUCGUAAUGACCAAGUAAGAAUGGGCUCAAGUUUAAAUAGGAGUCCCAUAUCAAAUGAAAGAACAAAAAAUGUAUUUUUGAAAAGUCGAAAUUCAUUCAAUAAUGGACAAUUUGAGUUGUGGAAACAUAAAAGGUUUGAAGAAACUCUACACCGUAGAAAGCAACCACAACAUCAACGAGGUAGAAAGAAUGCUAGGCCACAAUCAACGCGGCAUAAACGCACGCGAAACCAUAAUUGAGUAAGCACAAAUUACUUCUUUAUAUUUGUGUUUUCCUGAAUCAUUCAAAGAUAAAUGAAAUGCUUUUAAAUUUGUUUAAAUUUCUUAGAUAUAUAUAUAUAUAUAUAUAUAUCAAUAUAAACUUAAAUAAAAAUAAAUAUUAUUGAAAGCAAGUUAUUGAUAAAAAUUUAAUCGUUCUUCUUAACCAACAUUUUUCGUUUUAUUAAUACAUAUAUAAUAUUUUUAUUUUAUUAAUAUAUAUUUUGAUGUUCAGCAUUAAAUGUAGAUAUGUAGCAUACAAAAAAUGAAAUUGUUUAUGUCGAACUUCCCUUUGUGUUGUUGUUGCGAUGUGUUAUUUAUGCGAUUUUUUAUGCGUUAUAAGUAAUUUUUUGGGUUAAAUUGAAAUUCGCUGAUAAGAAAGUCACUCUGUCAUAAGUUUAUCAAUUUCUUUUUGUACACUAAUUUUAAAUAAAUUUUAUAAAUAAAUUUGCAAAACGUUUCAAUGUUGUUGGUAAUGAAGAAUUAUUAAACGAAUUCAUAUGAAAUCGAGAGUAUUUUAACGAUUUUUAGGAAUUUCCAUAUCAAUAUUUGAAAGCGGCAAUAAAUUCCAAAGCUCUGUCCGUGCUUUUGGCUUCUAUUUUUUUUUUUUAUUCUCAUUAUUGUUUUAUUGCUAGAAUAGUAUGGUCGCAAGAUCAAUUCACAUUUCAAGACGAGUCAUCCAAUAUUAAACCAUAAGAGAACAAGAGCGGUGCGAUCUGUCCGGGGUCGGAUAAUAUUAGGGUAAAAGCUCCAUGGCUUUACCGUUGCCUUUUCGAUACCGUUGUGACCAGUCAUUCAUACGAGUAUAAGUUUCAACACGUAGCUGAAGCAAUUACUAAACAAAUGAUAAACAUUCCUUGAGUAGCCUUGAGUUAGAUUAUAAAAAUCGAUGAAAUUUGUACAUUAUUAACUGUUAACGACUUUUUGUGAGAUUUUAAGCUAAGCUUCUAUAUAUUGUUGAAUACGCUAAUGAAAACCGUUUGUAGCGCCAACACUGCUUACAGCUGUCUUAAAUGCUACCUACUUGUAUUUACACUAGCUCUCUCUCUCUCUCUCUCUCGAACUUGACAAUUAAUUCAAGAUUACUGUCACUUCUGAGCCGGUCUUAUCUGCUCAUCAUAUAUGCAUAUAAAUAUUUAAUUUUGUCUGCGCUCGAUCUCGACACGACGAUUCUCAAAGUGACGUAAAAAGUGCGAAUACAAAAUCAAUGCAUAAGUUUGGCUCUCCAGCAGCAAAGUCAUAGUUGAGAUUGAGCAGUGUUUACUAGCUGAAUGAAUGUAGUAGUUUUCUGAUUAAAUGCUAUAUUGUAAGCGAUACAUAUUUCAUACGAUUUUAGGAGUUAUGUUGUGCUAAAAAAUAUAAAAAAUAAAAAUAUUUGAAAGAAGAUGGAAUAAAUGGAAAAUUUGUGAUUUUCUUGCAAUUUAAAAGUAGAAAAAAAUAAUAAUUUUAGUGAUAAAGAGUUUCAAGAACUUCAAGAAAAAUUAAUUUGAAACCCAGUUUCAUUCGUGACGAAGCGCAAUUUUAAAUAUUUAGCACGACAGUAAAAUUGUAAAGAUUAUUUAUGUAGAUUUCCAAAUCCAAUAAAGUCUACACUGUAAAUUCUUUUUAUACUACGAUUUCUUGGCCUACCUUUUGCUACAUUUUCGUGGAGCAGCGUGUUCAGAGCUCAGAGAGUUUGUGCUCACCAGCCAGUGCUGGCUUAGCUGUGGCGUGUGGCUGAACAAAAAUUCACCGCACAUUAGUUCUAGUUGCUAGAAUAUUGUUUCGGUAGAAAAUUGAGUACAAUAAUUAUAAAUAAAAUCUCAAAAAAAAAAAAUUGUAAUUUUUAAUCACGUGACCACAUCAAAAAGUUCAGUGAUAUUUUUGUUUAAUUUUAUUUUUAUUUUUAUGCAAUUUACAUAUAAACCGAAAAUAAACAGUUUGUGUCAAACAAAAAAAAAUCGCAAAACCGGAUGGACAACUGUUGAAUACGCGCGAAAAACGCAGCACAGCACACAAAUCUGUAAUCAACUUAAGCAAUAAAAGCAACGAAACAAAAUAAAGCACAAAAAACAAUAACAACAAAAACACAAGCAGUGUCAAAUAGUGCAUCCAUACAUAUACAUAUGUACAUGAAGUGUCAAUGGCAAAGUGAUAAGACUGAAAGCGCAAUUGAAACAAGUGGAAUAUAUAUAUAUAUAAAAUAUAUUUAAAUAGAACUACUAUCUAUACUGUGCAAUAUAUAUACGUCUAUACAUAUAUAAAAGUUGUCUGUGUAUUUAGGACGCAAAAAGUUACUCGCAAAAACAAUUUUUCAGCGAGGCUUAGUAUUGACGCAUUACUCUGUGGAACAGUAUAUGACAAAGGGUCACCGGAGACGCUGGGUUGUCUGAGGAGUAUUGGGCACUAAAAUAAAAAAAAAAAUAAAAUAAAAACAAACAUUAAAAUUAAAA